UCAGGUAUAAAACCAGACAUAAUCUCCAAAUUGGAACAUGGAGAGGACCUGUGGAUCAUAGAGAGAGUGUUGUCAAGGUGGGUCUACUCAGACAAAGAGAAAAGCCCUGACUCUUCCCAGCAGAUCAUUUCUGGAGAACUUUCAUUUCAAAGGGAGAUAUUGGAAAGAGCCCCCAAGGAUAAUUCAUUGUACUCUGUCUUUAAAGUCUGGCAUAUUGAUGGUCAGAUAGAUAGAUAUCAAGGAAACCAAGGCAAAAUUUUGAGGCUGAUCACAGUCCUCAGCCAUGGAACAAUGACCAAGAAGAGAGGCCCUAAAUGCAACACAUUUGGGAAAAUAUUCAGUGGAUGCAUAGACCUUGAUCCCUCAAGUAAAACACUCCGUCACUUUGAUUCAUGUGAAAAGAGCUUGAAAUCUAAUUUAGACUCACUGACUUGUAAUAGGAGCUAUGUAAGAAAGAACCCCAUUGAGAGAUUUGGAUGUGGGAGACCAUCUAGCUAUAGUUCUUCCUGUUCUGUGCCUGAGAAAAUUCACCUUGGAAUGAAGUCUCAUGGACAUAGUCAAUGUGAAAAAAUUCUCAAUCAGAAGCAAGCCCAUAUUCAGCGUAAGAAAGCUCAAGCUGGGGAGAAACACAAUGUUUGUAGUGUGUGUGGGAAGGGCUUUAUUAAGAAGUCACAGCUCAUUAUACAUCAAAGAAUUCAUACUGGAGAGAAACCGUAUGUAUGUGGAGAUUGUGGAAAAGCCUUCAAUGAGAAAUCACACCUCAUUGUGCAUCAGAGAAUUCACACUGGGGAGAAACCCUAUGAAUGUACUGAAUGUGGGAGGGCCUUCUCCCAGAAGUCACCCUUCAUUGUUCAUCAGAGAGUCCACACUGGAGAGAAACCUUAUGUAUGUUUGGAAUGUCAAAAAGCCUUCUCCCAGAAGUCACAUCUCAUUAUACAUCAGCGAGUUCAUACCAGGGAGAAGCCUUUUGAAUGCAGUGAAUGUGGGAAAGCUUUCUGUGAGAAGUCUCACCUUUUUAUACACCAGAUAACUCAUACUGGGGAGAAACCCUAUGAAUGUACUGAAUGUGGGAAGACCUUCCCUCGGAAAACACAGCUUGUCAUCCAUCAGAGAAUGCAUACUGGAGAGAAACCCUAUAAGUGUAGUGAAUGUGGGAAAACCUUUAGCCAGCAGUCCCACCUCAUAGGACAUCAAAGAAUUCAUACAGGAGAGAAACCUUAUAUAUGUACUGACUGUGGGAAGGCUUUUUCCCAGAAGUCACACCUCACUGGACACCAAAGGCUUCAUACUGGAGAGAAACCUUAUAUAUGUACAGAAUGUGGAAAAGCCUUUUCUCAGAAAUCACCUCUUAUUAUACACCAGAGAAUUCAUACAGGGGAGAAACCGUAUGAGUGUGGUGAAUGUGGCAAAACUUUUUCCCAGAAAUCACCUCUCAUAAUUCAUCAAAGAAUUCAUACAGGAGAGAAACCCUAUGAGUGUACUGAAUGUGGAAGGGCCUUUUCUCUAAAGUCACAUCUCAUUAUACAUCAGAGAAUUCAUGCUGGAGAGAAACCAUAUGAAUGUAGUGAGUGUGGAAAGGCCUUCUGUGAGAAGACUCUACUAGUUGUACAUCAGAGAAUCCAUACUAGGGAGAAACCUUCUGAAUCCACUGAGUAUGGGAUAACCUUUUCCCAGAAAUCACAGAUGAUCACAUACCAGAGAACACACACGGGGGAGAAACACUCCAAAUGCAGCGACUGUGGGAAGUGUAGAAGAACUUUCAGCAAGAAUUCAUUCCUUAUUGCUCAUCAGAUCACUCAUGUAGGAGAAACACGCUAUGGAUGUACAGAAUGCAGAAAAGCCUUCAACAGGAAGGCACACUUCCAUGUACAUCAGAAAACGCACACAGGCGACAAACCCUUUGAAUGUAAUGAAUGUGACAAAUCCGGAGAGAAAUCAACACUGCAUAAACAUCUGAGAACUCAUACCGGUAAAAACUUGCAUACAUGCAACAAAUGUGGCAAAAUCUCCCAAGAAAAGACAAAGCGUACACAUCAGAGAACACACACAGAAGAGAAACCCUAUGAAUGUAAUGAAUGUGUCAAUUCCUUCCGAGAGAAAUCAACACUGAGUAGACGUCAAAGAGCUCAUAUGGGAGAGAAACCUUAUGUGUGUUCAGACUGUGAAGAGCCUUCACCCUUAAGCUGAGUCUCAGUGCUCAUCAAAGAAUUGGUACAGUAGAAAAAAAACUGAUGGAUGUACUGUAUAAGGGAAAGUCUUCUCCCUGAAGUCCUAUCUCAUGUUACAUCAGAGAGCUCGUACAGGAGAAAAAUUUGAGAAUCCUAUGAAUGCAAUGAAUGUGAUAAAGUUUUCUUCCAGAAGUCAUAUCUCAUUAUUCAUCAGAGA